ACGGACGGCUUGAAACAUUGUCAUCCGUACAACAACAACAGAGAUGUCUGUUCUCUGACAAUAGCUUCCUCGUUUGGCCACAAAAAAAUGAAAGACCACCUCCUUGCAUGGCCUGAAAAAACAAGACCUGGGUUUUUCUCAUUUCAUUGUUUUGGUUCGUGGGUAUCUGACAAAAAUUCAAAAGAACGUAGAAUAUGAGAAUUGGGACUGAGAGAUAGGUACAUAUUGGACGUGCUUAUUGUGUGUUGAUUGGCUUAAAACUAAAAGGGUCAGUUUCAUAUUUUGAAAAAAAAAAAAAAGUUACAAAAUGGCCUCAAGAAUGGGGACUGAUGAGGAAAUGGGUCAGAACAAAAGUAAUGGUUGGAUGUUGGAUCAAAAGCUUGAUCAACCAAUGGAUGAGGAGGCCAUGAGGCUCAAAAAUACGUCUACAGAAAAGGAAAUUUCAACCAUGUUGCUUCUGCAACUUGCAUUCCAGAGUCUUGGAGUGGUCUAUGGAGAUUUAGGCACAUCUCCCUUGUAUGUUUACUACAAUACAUUUCCUCGCGGAAUUGCAGAACCAGAGGAUGUGAUUGGUGUUUUAUCAUUGAUUAUAUAUUCCCUUACUCUAGUUCCACUCAUCAAGUAUGUCUUUAUUGUGAGUAGAGCAACUGACAAUGGUCAAGGUGGAACAUUUGCUCUUUAUUCAUUACUCUGUCGACAUGCAAAAAUAAAGAUUUUUCCUAACUAUGACCAGAGUGAUGAGAAGUUAACAACAUAUAAUUAUCGUUCAUACCAUGAAAAAUCCCUUGCUGCAAAAACCAAGAGAUGGUUGGAGAAAUAUGCAUAUGGGAAAACUGCACUUCUUGUUCUUGUCCUUGUUGGCUCUUGCAUGGUGAUUGGUGAUGGGAUCCUCACUCCAGCUAUAUCAGUUUUAUCGGCUGUUGAUGGGAUCAACAUUACUCACCCCAAGUUGAGUAAAGAUAUGGUUUUGAUGAUUGCCGUUGCCCUAAUAAUAAUUUUGUUUAGUAUGCAACAUUAUGGUACGGAUAAAGUUGGCUGGCUGUUUUCACCAAUUGUGUUCGUUUGGUUCCUCUUAAUUGGAGGUAUUGGCAUAUACAACAUUUGCAAAUACGAAACCAGUGUCUUGAAAGCUUUUUCUCCUGUCUAUAUAUAUAGGUAUUUUAAACAGGGAGGGAAAGAUAGUUGGACAUCCCUGGGAGGUGUUAUGCUUAGUUUAACCGGCACAGAGGCACUUUUUGCCGACCUAUCUCUUUUUCCAGUUCCAGCUAUACAGAUUGCUUUCACAGUUGUUGUGUUUCCUUGCCUUCUUUUGGCCUAUGUUGGACAAGCUGCAUACCUUGUGCAAAACUCAGAUCAAGUGGUUGGUUUAUUUUAUCAUUCUAUUCCAGAUAGUAUAUAUUUUCCAGUAUAUGUUGUUGCAACUUUAGCUGCUAUUGUUGCAAGUCAGGCCACCAUAUGUGCAACUUUUUCAUUAAUCAAGCAAGCAGUGGCACUUGGAUGUUUUCCAAGAGUAAAAGUUAUACAUACAUCAAAGAAGUAUCCCAACCAGAUAUAUAUUCCAGAUAUUAAUUGGAUCCUCAUGAUUCUUUGCAUUACGGUGACAACUGCCUUCAAAAGCCAAUACCAAAUUGGAAAUGCCUCUGGGGCAGCAGUCGUGAUAGUGAUGCUGGUAACCACAUUUCUUAUGAUUCUGAUCAUGUUAUUAGUAUGGCGUAGCCACUGGAUGCUUAUCCUGAUCUUCACUGUCUUAUCACUUGUAGUGGAGUUGACUUAUUUUUCUGCCGUAAUCCUCAAGGUAAAUCAGGGUGGUUGGGUUCCUCUUGUGAUUGCAACAGUCUUCUUUAUCAUCAUGUACGUUUGGCAUUAUGGUACUGUGAAACACUACGAGUUUGAAAUGCACAAUAAGGUUCCACUGGCGUGGAUUCUUAGGCUUGGCCCAAGUUUAGGACUGGUUCGGGUCCCAGGGGUUGGACUUGUUUACAGUGAGCUGGCCAGUGGAGUGCCAAACAUCUUUUCCCACUUAAUCACCAAUGUACCAGCCAUCCAUUCUGUUGUUAUUUUUGUUUGUGUGAAAUAUCUUCCCGUAUACACAGUUCCUGAAGGAGAGAGAUUCCUUAUAAAGAGGAUAGGAACCAUGGAUUUCCACAUGUUCCGUUGUGUUGUGAGAUAUGGUUAUAGUGACCUCCGUAAGAAAGAUGAUGACUUUGAGAAUAAGCUCUUUGAUAGCCUCUUCAUGUUUUUCCGGCUUGAGAACCUGAUGGAUGGGUUUUCAGACUCAGAUGAGCAUAGUUCAUGCGACCAGGAAACUGAGGGGUCAAGAGAUGAUUGCCUGUUGAAUGGUAAUGGCAAUGCACCUGAAUUUAAUGUGAAUUCCAACAUUUCAUUUGGGGACUCAAUCGUGCUUGUUGAUUCUCCAUUGCCUAAAAACAAUACUAUCGUGUCUUCCAGUCAGGCAAGCAAACAUAGUGAGGUUGAUGGGUUAGCGUUCACGAAAAGAUGUAGAGAUGCUGGGGUGGUGCACUUAAUGGGGAAUACAAUAUUGAAAGCUAAGAGCGAUUCACGAUUCUACAAGAAGAUAACCAUUGAUUAUGUAUAUGCAUUUCUUAGAAAAAUAUGCAGGGAGAAGAAUGUGAUCUUCCAUAUUCCCUAUGAGAGUCUCUUGAAUGUUGGGCAAGUGUAUUAUGUAUAAUUCUUUUGUACCACCACCAUUCGAGCCUGGAUUUGUUUUCUUAAAACUAUUGCUGCCAUAGUUGGCCUCAGUUGUAGAUAGAGUUACAUACUUA